AUGGAGGGUCUAAAUAACAUGAUAAAGGUAGCAAAUAACAAUAGGUGGAUGACUGGUUUUAAGGUGGCAAGUAGUGUAGGUGGAAUGGAGGUAACUCAUCUACUAUAUGCAGAUGAUACUUUGGUAUUUUGUGAUGCAAAAGAAGAAGAGUUAAGACAUCUCAAGAUAAUUCUAACAAUUUUUGAGGCAGUCUCUGGUCUACAUGUCAAUUGGAGGAAAAGCCUUAUUUUUCCAGUAAAUGAGGUAACUGCUAUACAAAGACUGACAGGCGUUCUUGGAUGCACAGUUGGAACUCUUCCUACAACCUACUUAGGUUUGCCAUUGGGUUCUAAAAACAAGUCGUUAGACAUUUGGAGUAGGGUGUUAGAAAGAUGUGAGAAAAGAUUGGCGAAGUGGAAAAGCCAGUACAUAUCCCUGGGGGGCAGAGUAACAUUGGUUAAUAGUGUCUUAGAUGCACUUCCCACAUACAUGAUGUCCCUUUUUCCAAUUCCUACAAAAAUAGAGAAAAGGAUUAAUGUUAUGAGAAGGAAUUUCAUCUGGCAAGGAAAUAAAGAGAAGGGAGGUUAUCACUUGGUUAACUGGAAGGUUUUGACACAAGCCAAGAAAUCUGGGGGCUUAGGCAUAAGAAACUUAAGACUACAUAAUAAAAGCCUACUCAUGAAAUGGCUUUGGAGGUUUGGCAGGGAAGAUGAAACUUUAUGGCGACAGGUCAUCAUUGAAAAAUAUGGACUAGAGGGACAAUGGAUACCUAGAGCAGUGACAACAACAUACGGGGUUAGUGUCUGGAGGUCCAUCAGGGCUUAUUGGCCUCUUUUUGCUGAAAAUAUUUCUAUUGUAGUAGGGAAUGGGAGGAAAACAUCCUUUUGGAAUGAUAACUGGCUAGGACAUGGACCUUUGAAAGACCUUUUCAGUGACAUGAAAGUUCUGAGUUUGAAUAAUGAAGCCACAGUGGAAGACAAUUCGAAAUUUGAGGGGCUUGGUCGAUAUUUGAAGGGGAAGAAGGACAGAUAUAGGACGAGGGAGGUCUGGUGGUUAAGGGGUAUCGAUUUGGGGGUGUUUGGACAAGAGGAGAGUGAGAUGGUUCUAUGGUGCAUUUUUGGACGGAAAAGGAGCAUCGCCGGCGGCGGCGGCGAUUUCCGGCCGGCGGCGCUAGGGCGAAGGGCGGCGGAGACGGUGGUGAUAAAAACGGAUCUGAGAGAUGAUUGA